AUGGAGAGUCAUAAGCGUACGUCCUCGACGGCUGGUAACGACACACGAGAUCAGCCCCCCGCAAAGCAGCUCAGGCCCACGCCGACUGCUGCGCAAUGGCCCAGAUGCAUCUACAUCGUCGAGCGGACUAAGCGGCCGCGGACUGCUGAGGAGGACGAAGGCGAAAGGACGAACAUUGGCGUGUUCGUCAGCCUAGCCAAUGCCAACCGCGAAGUGCGCCGGGAGAUGGCGUAUUUUGCGAGUGAGUGGGGGACGGAUGGUGAUGACGACCUAGGAGAUCACUCCAUCUUCGACGAGGGCAGUGACGAGUACGCGGGAAUUCCACCAGCGGAAGGAGAGAAGGUUGGCUCAUCGUGGGAGUUCGACGAUCAAACCGAGGAAAUACAUUAUGUGGGAGUCACUGCAUAUCCAUUGAUUUGGCCAGAAGACUAUGUCAUGACCGAAGACGAGGAGUCUGAAAUCGGCGGCGAGCUGGACGAUGAAGGAGACUACGAUGAUGAGGAGGACGGUGAUGGCGAAGAAGAUGAUCAGCCCUGA